CCCCUCCUCCUCCUGUAGUUGAGUCCGCAACAUCCUGACUAGCCGAGCCUGGUGAUCGCAGGCAGCGGCAAGCCCCCACAAGACGGAUGAAUUAGAAAACCUGCUGAAACCACCCCCUUUAAAAAAAACAACCAUAAUCAUCCUCUAUAUUGAAGAGUCUGGCUUCAAACACCGCUGCCCCCAUCUUAACCGCGUGAGGCGGAUACAAGGUUCACCAUGGGGAUCAAGGCUGCCCUCCCCAGAUAUGAGCUGUAUCUCUACACAGCUGUGCUUGCUGCGGCCAUGAUAUGGGCAGGCAGUUGGAUAUCUGAAGCUUCAAGUGAGAAUAUGAACAGGAAGGCCUUCAAAGAAAGCGUAAAACCUGGAUGGCAUUACUUUGGCAGGAAAAUGGACGUUGCAGACUUCGAGUGGAUGAUGUGGUUCUCUACAUUCCGCAAUCAUAUCCUUUUUGCUCUCAUGGGUCACGUUGUCUUUGCCAAGAUAUUCACCCUUUUAGCUCCAAAGAUUGGUAUUGAUGGAUGUAAGCACAGAUCCUUGAUCUUUGGUGUGUACGGUUGUUUGGCAGUGCUGAUCACAAUGGGCUGGACCUUCAUGGCCCUGGUCCUGUCUCACUGCCUGGUACUCUACAGCCUCGCCCUGGUCAAGAAGAAGUGGCUGGUCUUUGCGGCUGGCCUUACCACGUUGGCCUCCAUUAAGCUGGAGCCCUAUAACUCCUGGCAGGAAGCCUUGGUGACAGGCUCUUUCGACCUGCAGGACAUCCUGUUUUAUGGAGGCUGCGGCUUCAGCAUCAUGCGCUGUAUGAGCUUUGCCUUGGAGAACUGCGAGAGGAAGGACGGCAACUACACAUUCUCCGACCUGCUGCGAUACAACUUCUACCUCCCGUUCUUCUUCUUUGGACCUAUCAUGACUUUUGACAGGUUCCAUGCCCAGGUGAACAACAUCCAGCUGACCCGCAAGGAAAGGGAGCUGUGGAACAUCACCACCAAGGCCUUGCUGCAUCUGGGGGUUAUUCUGGUGGUGGAUGUCUUCUUCCACUACCUUUACAUCUUGACUAUUCCCAGUGACAUGAAGCUGGUCUCCAAGCUUACUGACUGGAGCCUGGCUGGUCUGGCUUAUUCCAAUCUGGUGUAUGACUGGGUGAAAGCUGCCGUGAUGUUCUGUGUCAUCAACACUGUGGCUACACUGGACCACCUUGACCCUCCUCAGCCUCCCAAGUGCAUCACCAUGCUCUACGUCUUUGCUGAGACGCACUUUGACCGAGGCAUCAAUGACUGGCUGUGCAAGUAUGUUUACGACUACAUCGGUGGGGAUCACGAUAAAAUCUUCAAGGAGCUCCUGGCGACCAUCUGCACCUUCGCCAUCACCACCUUGUGGCUUGGCCCGUGUCAGCUGGUUUACAUCUGGUCCUUUUUCAACUGCUUCGGCCUUAACUUUGAGCUGUGGGUGGCCAAGUUGUUCUCCAUUCCGCCUUUUUCUACCAUUGAAGGCUUGAUGGGUGAAGGCAUGUCACGCAGAAUCCGAGGUCUUUUCAACGCUGCCAACUUCUGGACCAUUAUCCUCUACAAUGUCCUCGCCCUGAACAGUUUGGAGUUUGCCAAACUGGUGGGAAGACGGCUGAUUUUUAAAGGUUUCCCUCUGUCGACCAUCUCUGUGCUACUGGUGACCUACUGUGGCGUGCAGCUGGUGAAGGAAAAGGAGAGACAACAAGCCCUGCUGGACGAUCCGGAGCCGGUGAAGGCCGUAGACGGGGGCAAAGAAAAAGCAGAAUGAACCAGACCGAAAAAAACGGAUGUCACAGACUUCACGGUCAACAGCCCCCACCGACCCCCUUCUCACCUCCAGCCCCAUACACAUUGUUCUGUCCUUGGCUUUGCGAGCUGUACCUAUCCGGACUGUAACAGCCAGUCAGCAACUGAAUUGCUCAUAAGCCUAUAUUUGUUGCCUUUGUCACAAGCAAGGCAGCAUUUUGAACUGUGAAAUGUCCUCAAGUGCACUUGAUGUAGAUAGUCAUCACGUCUUUUGGAACAUAUCCACCAACCUGCAAUAUGUAUUUUAGCUGCACAAAAGAGUGUUCAACAAAUGCUAGAUCUGCUAGAUAUUUUAGAAUGCUAAACUUAAUAAUGUAGAUGAAGAAAACAACAUUGUUAAGGAAAGACUAAUUUUCUGUUUGGAUGUCUCCUCUGUUCUCUUAUGAUUUUUUUCAGAUUAGGAUAGCUAUCCUUGUUUUUUUAAACAUCAUUUAUCAUUCAUUUAUCUUCUUCUAACUUCUAAUUUUUCAUUAGAAGUUUAAGCAUUACAAUGUUGACCAUUCUGAACGUUUGAAAAACUUGAAAUCAGGGUGCAUGGAGUACAAUGUAGAAAAUAAACCAAGGGUGUAUUGGAGGUCCUCCACAUGGCUUGCAGUUGAAUUUAAAGCAUAUUUGCUCUAAUGUUAUGAAGCACAACUAUAAGUCUAAAGGUAGAGAAUAGUUAGUGAAUGGAGAAUGUUUUAGCUCUAUUGAACGUAUUUAAAACGUCCAGAGAGCUUACUACCUUACCUGCUCUCUUAAGCGUGCCUUUUCACUGUCUUUCCUCGUCCCUCUUUGAUACAAUCCAGGCAGCUCAGUGCUCUGUGAAAAGCCACAGGCACCUUCAUUGAAUGUGGGUCACUCUCUUAUCCUGCCUGCCACCAAAACCUGCUGUCUGUAUUUCAUGCAGCAGGAGAGAAAAAAAUAAUGUUUAGGGAAGAUUGUAAUGCCUUUUCCCAUUUGUGGGUUUUUUAUUCAAAGGAGUUUGUUUCAACUUAAAAUAAAGUCUUGUCUCAUCCAAAAGUGA